AAAAAAAAGGAACUGCAUGUAUGAAUGAAUCCUUUUGGAAGAACGGAACUCCUAAGUACUUACCUUUUUGUUGUGAAGUGGAGACUGAAGUCCCUAGACCACCGGAAUAUUUUAGCGAGAUUCCGUAUUUAAAGCAUCGUAACCACAACCAUUGGAGUUGGGUGUUUUGUAACUGUGUAAAGUAACAUAAAAUAUUCUGCACAGUUCCUGGAGAGGAGAUGAAUCCCGUAAGGGCUUUGCAAGUGGAAAACACGCCCUUAAGAAGUACGACUGCUGCCGAGAAGAUGAGAAACCUCGCUGCUCCAGGCACCGGAGUAGGCGAAGUAGGCAGAGGCGUACGGAAAAGGACGUGUGAGUACACCGUGAGAUCAUCGGCGGGUAAUAGCGAGAAACAGACACUUCGAGAGGAAAAAUGGACUCUGAGAGCCCGACCAGGUAUGCCCUGGCAAAGAGAUAAUCGGGAAUUGACAUCGACACCUAUUGGUGUUCCUUGGGGAACCCCACCAGCAAUCCGUGUUUGGAUGAUGUUACUGUGGUAUUUGCUUGUUGGGCAUACGGUAUCUGGCAAGGUCAGCCAUCAACCCUUCAAAUGGUCACUAAUACAAUUAGAACACUCAGUUGUCAUACAAAAUAGAAUUACCCUGGGCGCUCCCUCUUUCACGGCCCACUUAAGUUCCCUAGUAAGGUCAUACCAUGGAUGGGCCCCCAUUGAUGAGAAUACUCGCAAGUAUACAGUUCAGCAUAAAGCCUUUUAUAUGUGUCCAGCUAAUAAUCCAGGAAAAGAAUACUGCAAUCACCCAGCUGAAUAUUACUGUGCAUAUUGGGGCUGUGAAUCAAUAGCAUCAGAACGGGCACCAGGGGCAGGAAAAGACCAAUUUUUAACUGUAGGAUGGGGACCGCCAGGAUGUCAAAAACCCACCUAUGGGCCUCAAGGUACGGUUCGAGGAGGCACCUGUUGGCAUAUUUAUCUUAACAUUUCGAAACCUGAGGAUCUAGGAUGGACUAUAGGGAGAACAUGGGGAAUCAGGUUUUGGGAACCAGGCACUGAUACAGGGGGAAUAAUUUUAAUACGGAAGGAGCCAGUGCCCAAUGAACCCUCCGGUGUGGGACCAAAUCCAGUCAUAGCAGAGGAAGAUGAUAGUAACAGUAUUGUACAUACUGUUACAAUCUUUCCUAACAUAAACGUCACUGAAAAUAACACCCCAGGGCGUAUCAACAAAAAUCAAACCCUCGACUCUUGCACACGAAGUCAGCCCAUUGUGGGAUAUGCUUCAAGCCAGCUAUCAAGUACUGAAUGCCACCUACCCUAAUAUAACUGAGCAUUGUUGGUUAUGUUACAACAUUCGGCCACCCUUUUAUGAAGCUAUUGGGGUGGACAGUAGAUUUAAAAAGGCCAACGGAACAAAUCCAGCUCAGUGCUUGUGGAAUAAGGAAUCUGGAUGUAAGCAAGGGAUAACAAUGUCCCAAGUAUCGGGAAAAGGAAAGUGUAUAGGAAAUGUCCCGAAAGGCAAACGACACCUGUGUAACACAACUCGCAAAUCAGGAGAAAUAAGAGCUGAGUGGUUGAUUCCUGCAGAUAAUACUAAGUGGAUUUGUUCCCAAACUGGCGUUACACCUUGUAUAUACCU